AUGUUGUGCGUAGCUGAAGGCAUCCACGUGGACUUCCUGAAGGAAGCUCAUAACAAGCUGUACACACACAACAUGCUAGUGGCUUCCGACAACGAUCUCAAAAUGAAGAACUUACUUGAUGGCAAGUGUGCUGCUGCCCUUGAUGAGGUUUCCGAGUACCGUCUGGCAAAGAAAGACGAGAAGCUAAACCUUGGUUGCACGCUGAGAUCAGUCGGCGAAAUCCCUCUGGCGACUUUCAAAGGUGGCUGGAUGGUCAAGAGUAACGAUUUUGGCCAAAAGUGCACUGCUGUUCUGAGGGAUUCCCUCGCCGAUCUUUUCCUCGAGCUGGAAAAGGACGGUCAGAUCGCGGACCUCGAGGAAAAAAUCUACAGAGAGUCGAUGAUGGAAGGAUGCGACGAGAAUGGUAAUCCAGACUCGAAGUUUUCUGAGACGGACAGUUUCCCGAUCGAGAGCAUGCUUGGGCCUAUCUUCGUCCACUUGUUUGGCGUCAUCCUCGCGUUUACGUUAUCUUUCUGCCACAAAGGCCACAAAGCAAAGAAUGUAUCGCACCGUGUGGCGAAUCAGAUCCCCAAUGACGCGUGCAGUGAUAUUCGCCCGCUGAACGGCGCUGACGCCAGUGACAUUAGCUUGCUGACAGCCGAGAUCGGUGCUUUAAACGCGAAGCUGAACCACCUGUUCGAGAAGCUCAGCUAA